AUGAGACUAUUUCUCUGUCUAGUUUCCCUUUGUUGGGCACUUUCAUAUUGUUUUCCCACAAGAAACUCAGAGCUGGACACCAAAUGGGAACUGUUUAAGUACACAUAUGAAAAGAACUAUACUGAGAAGGAGGAUUCUUUUAGGAGAAAUGUAUGGGAGGAGAACCUGAAGUUCAUUAAUGAGCAGAACCUCCUGCAUAAGGAGGGGAAGCUGACCUACUACCUAGGGAUGAAUGCUUAUGGGGACAUGAUAAGUACUGGAGAGGAAUUCAAGAAAAUGCUGAACCCUUCCAUAUCACUGAGGGAAAGGAGAGAUACUGCAGCCCAGUUUUUUUCAACUUACUCUGACAUUCCCAGAUCACUGGACUGGAGGGAGCAUGGCUUUGUGACCCCUGUUGCAGACCAGGGGGACUGUAACUCCUGCUGGGCAUACUCUGUAACUGGAGCUCUGGAAGGUCAGUUCUUCCGGAAAACAGUAAGACUUGUGCAACUGAGUACCCAGCAACUACUUGACUGUUCUGGUGCUGGCAACUGUACUGGGGGAUAUAUCCUUGAAACCUAUAGAUAUAUUAUACAAAAUGGGGACAUAACAACUGAGUCCUGCUACCCAUAUAUGGAAAAGGUAAAUGAAGAAACACUCUGCAUUGACAUCCUUGAGAGUGGGCUGGCCAAUUUUGCCAAGACUGGGGAAAGGUGUUGGCAGCUGGAGGCUCUCCUGGAGGACACCCACCCACUUAGAGCUGCACUGAAGCAUUGGGAGGUUCAGCUGCUGGAAGAUGCCAGCCUAGGGCUGUGCGGAAGCACGAGGAGGUUUGGCUGCUGGAAAAAGACUGCCUACCUGGGAUUGUGUUUUUGUGGAGAUCCUCCAAGUUUCCCAUGCUAA